AUGGCCUUCUCUCCCCGCCUUGCAGUCUCCGCCAGACUGGCAUCUCGUGCAUUCACUUCUGUCCGGCCUGUAGUCCCUCUUACUGCUGCAAGAUGCUUCCACUCAACUCCCAUCUCCAUGGGAGAACAUCCUGUUGCUACUCUAAACGAGGAGCUUAUCCCUCGCCUUCCCCCGUCAUCCCCAACACUCUUUGAGGCAAAGAAGAAAAAGAACCUUACUUUUGAAGCCAUUGCAAAACAUGUAGGACGUGACGAAGUCGCAAUCGCUGCCCUCUUCUACGGCCAAGCCAUGGCUUCACCCGAGGAUGUCCAGAAACUCUCUGAGGUCCUUGAGAUUGACCCAGGAAAGCUUGAGUCCCAGUUGGGUGGAUUCCCCAACCGAGGCAGCACUCUCGAUAUGCCUCCUAAAGACCCUACCAUUUACCGUCUUUAUGAGAUUGUGCAAAACUAUGGUCAGGCUUACAAAGCCGUCAUGCAUGAGAAGUUUGGAGAUGGCAUCAUGAGCGCCAUCUCUUUCAGCACAAAGGUGGAGAAGGAAACUGAUGACAAGGGCGAGUGGGCCAAGAUUACCCUGAGGGGCAAGUGGUUGCCAUACUCGCGAUUCUAG